GGGCCUGCCUGUGCAUCUGGCAACCCUGCAGAACAGCCAUUGGCGCCGCGCAGUGUAGCGCAAAUUUGCGUGUAUUUUAACGAAGUUACAAAAAAAUACAGUAGUUUCCACAGGACAUAAGGAUUCGUAAACGAGGCAGUGGUCAACAAGAUUCACAACGGUGUCGACAACCAGACGCGUCAAAAGUUGAUGCUAACGAGACGCAAAAAGAUGGAUCGUCCCAGUAACGUACGCUGGUAGGCUGAUCGCGUUGUUUUUUUAAUACAAGCAGAAGGCAAGCGAUAAGCGAGACACACAGAAAGCGUAUUGCCAUGUCUGGAGAUGUCUUGCAAGCCCUGAAGAGAAGUAGCCUCGGCAAAGUGUACGUUGACAGGUGCUGGGCGCAGGAAAGCGAUGAACUAUUUGACGCGGCCAAGCUUGUCAAGAUAAACUCGGUGCUCGUACCCUCACGUCGUUACGAAGAAGCCGGAAAUAUUCGCGAUGAGACCCAACGUUACCAGCAGAGUACCCAAACCGAAAGACCAAAGAAGGAUACAACAGAUGUUGCCUUGCAAUACAUGCGGAACGCCGCAAAUGAGAUUUACAUCCAGCUGUACGAGGAAGAGCGAACUGACAGCAUUAGGGAGUCCCUACAACAUCGUCUGGCCCUGCAGGAGUGGCAGUUGCACCAAUGGCAGGAGCAGGCCAAUCAGAAGCUGUCUCUUUUGCGUCUCAAGUUGCUCCAGGAGCAACAGCGUUCUAUUGAAUCGCUCGAGAAGGAGUUGCUACUCGAGAUGAAGGACAUGGCAGAAGAAAAUCGCAAGGUCAAGGAACAGAACCGUAACCAUGCAAUGUACAUGAAGAGCAAGAUCAGAGAAGCAGAGCUGCUCCAGAAAAGGGCACAAGAGGAAGAAAUUCGCCAGAGUGCAGCGUGUGCGAGGAAAUUGCAGGACUUGUGGCAAGAGUUGCGUCAGUUGUUGGAGCUGUGUCAGAAGCGUCUGAUCAGAAUAGAGCAGCCGAACGUGAAGGAUGAACUGGGCCCACUGCUUCAACGCAUGACACAGCAGCUCUCACAGCUGUGUCCUGUGCAUCCUGGAAUGUCAAAAGAAGAACUCCAGCGCACUAUGACACUGACGCAGGAGAUGCGCUCCCAGGCUCAAGCCAUUCUUGCAGACCUAGACGCAAAAGAAACUAAGGCUCGAGAAGCGGUUGUGGAGAAACAGAAAAGCGUGGCGGCUUCAACAACAAUUAACGUAGCCAACUCCACUUCUAAGACUUCUAGUGUUCCUACUGCACCCCAACAUACAAUCACGGACACAGUGGAAGUUGCUUGUGAGCCAGAAAAGAAGCAAGAAUCCAGCACCGAUAUAAGUCACCAGCACACGCAGCUGCUGCUAAAGCUACACGAGUGGCGGACUUCGUACCAAGACCUGGUGCAGGACAAAGGGAGGAAGCAGUACCGUUUCGACCUCAUGAAGGCUGUCUCGGUAUCUGUAAAUGCUGUGUCAACUUCGUCUGCCGUGAAGGGAAAGUUGGACAAGCUCACUGCGUUGCUGAACGGGAAGCCCUUCCCGCUGGCCACCCGCACAGUCACCUGCACAGAGCAUCCUUCUGCCCGCAAUUUCUGCCUCGACAAACUCGCCGAGAGAAUUGUGUCGCAAGGAGAAGAACAGAUCAACUCCAAUGGCGACUCUGCUUACCCCAUAGCGGCACUGGCCUUGGGCUUGUGGUGCCGUUUUCCAGAGCUCGGAGAUUUGCUGCUGGGACACCUGUUCAUGCGAUGCCCGGCGUUGCUCCCUCUAUAUCCUAGCGCAGACUCCAAGGAAAAUCUCGAGCUGUGCGGCUACAAAAUCAACGAGGACGGCACCGUCGAGACAGACGCCAAAUAUCAGCGUCGGAUCAGCGGGUUCGUACGGCUCUACGCAGCAAUCGUCCAGACCAAGGCACCGGAGUUCUGCAAAGGCUCGCACCCGCUGGGUGUCAACCACGGCUGGAAAUUCCUCGCGUGCACUCUCAACAUGCAGCCUCAACAGCCAGCCCUUGUGGCGUCUGUGUUAUUCAAUUUCCUAGAGGUUGCGGGGUGGGCCAUUGGACAAGCGUACGGUCGUCAAUUUAUCAAGCUGCUCCAUGUCUUAGCCAAAGAUUACUUUCCCCUGCUGAGAGAAGGGGGAACUAGCGGCCCGGUUGCAAGACUGGAGGCCUUUUUACAGCAGGUGCUCCGUAGGGGAACGGUACCGCGUCAAGAAGCCAGCUUUGGCGAUAAACCGGAGCAUGACAUACCGAGCAGUUACGGCACACAAAGUUUCGGAAGAGACCCGCAUUUUAGGUGAUACAUUGCGAUCGUGGGUUAUCUGGGGGAUGACCAGUGACAAGUCGUAGGAUGCUAUAUGUUAUCAAAUGAGGAGUAUCGUGAUCUGUUGAUUUGUGAAGAGAAAUAAUGUGUUUAUUCUGUCUUAUUGCAUAGCCUAUGAAUAUGAAUAUAAUGAAAUUGU